AUUAAUUAAGUAUAUAAUUUAAUAAGAUUAAUAAAUAUUAUUUUAUGUAUACUAUACAAACUCGAAUGUUACAUUUUAGAUUAAAAUUUUUACCUGUACCACCUUGCUAAGCACUGUAAUAAUUGUUGUAUUUAAUUUAAAAUCAUGCGGUGUUUAAUAGUUUUCGACAGUUUAAAUGAUAUUGUAUUUAUGAAAUGUGAUACAAAGUUUUGCUUACAUAUAAGAAAAUUAGCAAUUUUACAAAAUCUUAUUAAACCAACAGAGAAUGAAGAAGAAGAAAAUCCAGGCAUUGAUCCUGAUAUAAUUCUUCAAAUUUUUUCACCUAUGGUCACAUCUCAAAGAGUUAUGAAUUGUCAUUUUUCAAAUCGCUAUAGCUCUAUGCAAUGUUUGAAUGGGACAAAUAUUGUUUUUGAUGAGUAUUUAGGUCAUUUGUUUGUUUAUAUUGGAGACAAGGAGGUGAUUUGGCAGCAAAAAGUUCUAAGUGUUGCGAUACUAUUUAUUAAAAGAAUUUGUGGCGCUGAUGUAUCAUUAUUGAAGUAUAGUCGUCGCCGUAGAUAUUUAGUAUCGAAACUGUUAGAUGUUUGGUUAAAACAAUCAAAUGAAGAGCAGUGUGUCUUAGUUGAAGCAAUUGAACAGUUAACAGUCAGCAAUGAACUUUCUUCAGCUGCAUUGGCUGCUGCUAAAUCUGCAGCAGAAAAAAUGAAACAUAAAUCGGCAUUUUCUCGAGUGCAUAUACUUAUAAUGGUUCGGCAAAAAUUUUUAACAUUGUAUUCUAGUCGAAACGCAAGUGAUUUAGCUGCUGGUGAUACAUUGUUUUUAGCUCUUUUAGCUGAUGCAUUGCAACUAAAUGAUCCAGAAUCUAACGCCGAAACUGAUCUUGAUGUAAUAAUGAUUGAAAAAGAAAAUACUAUUUUAAAGGAAAAUGUGACUCGUCAAAAGGUUAGUAGUUUAUUAGUUCUUUUGGGAUAUCAUAAAUUACAAUUAAAUGCAGUACACGUAUCAUAUGUUACUGAUGGUGUUCCAUUGUUUAUCAUUCAUGAGAUUGGAAAUGAAGUAUUUAAUAAUAGUGUAAUCGAUUCACUUUCAUCAUUUUCUACAAUACAAGAAAUUCAAAACCGAGGGGUUAUAGAUCGUAAUGCUCUUAAAGUUGCUUAUGACACUAUCGAUUGCUCUAUGAAAAAAAUUAUUGAUUUGUUCAAGAAAAAAAAUGCUCCUUUUGCACCUAGUCGAAGCGUUAUGACUAUUAUUACUACUUUAGCGAGUAGAUGGGAACCAUUAAAAAAAAAAUAUCUUGAAUUUCUUAAGUGUAAUGAAAACUUAGCAUUGACUGCCAUAGAGUCAAGUAAUAUCAACAUAGUAUGCAGCUUAAAAGAUCUUCAACACCAUUGCAUGCUAAACGAAUCAUUAAUUGAUAGUUAUACAAAAGAAGCAGUAUGUGAGGCAUCGGCUUUAGUUGCGACAAUGUUAAGAGAUUACACUUCAUUUUUUGAAGUCAAAGCGUUAAAUAAUUUUACAAUGCGAUCGAGAUCAUCAUUGAACAUAAAUAAAUACUUAGAAGAAUUUCCAGGUCUUGUACAUUUUAUUUAUGUAGACCGAAUGACACAUCGAAUGAUUGCUCCUGGUUUAGAGUUUGCAUCACAAGAAACACUCGAACUGACUAAAAAAAAGGUGUGGUCAAUGGUAAACUUCAGUAGACAUCAUUUACAAAAUGGGCACUUUAUUGUACUUUGGAAGGAUACAACUUUUACAUAUUCAUAUUUCAUGUGGUUUGAAGAUCAGUCGGGUACUUCACUAAAACCGAAAUUGCAAGUAGCUUCUUCUGAUGCAUAUCCAGGGAUAUUAACGGGUGAUUAUUAUGAAAAAUUGUUGGAAAUGUGUUUUCCGCGGAUGCCCCAAGGAAAAGUGAGGUGCUUUGAGCUAUUUUGUGUUCAUUUAGGAUUGGCGACUGCUUCUUGUGUUUUAGAACAUUCUCGUAGAUUAUCAGCUACUGUUUGGGAAGUAACUGGGCGACCUAGUAACUUGUUGGACUUAUUUUAAAAUACUAAAUGUAGAAUGUUUUUUUUAAUUGCUGUAUAAUUAAAAUUAGUAUAAGGUACCUUGUUGAUCUCAAAAUUAUAACCCCAUAUGGCUUAUGAUUUUAAUUGGCUUUUUAAUGAUAAGGUGUGUACUAGCAAUUGUUUAAAUGACAUUUUUUAUAGUCAUAUUUGAAUGAUGUUUUUUAUUAUCAUUUUUUAAAACAAAUUUAAAUAUAGUAGCAAAACUGUGUGAUUUAUACCAAUUAUCCUUACCAACUAUGAUUAUUGUUAUGCACUAUCUUAUUGUUUUUUUAAUAAUUAUUAUUUAAUGUUCCAUUUU